UCCACUCCACUCCACUCGCUGCAAGUGCACGCAGCGGCGGCGCCCUGCUCGACUCAACGCCUCCGGUGCUUCCAGCUUCCGACGCGCCGCCGCUAAUGCCGAUAGAGUGAUAGGCCCCCCAAUCCCCCACCAUGGAUUCGCCUCCGCCGCAACGCGGCCGCCAUUCGCCGCCGGCGCUGCCCGACGACGACGGCAUGCUCUGCAUCUUUCUCCGCAUCCCGCCGGACGACCCCGCGCGCCUCGUCCGCGCCUCCCUCGUCUGCAAGGGCUGGCGCCGCACCCUAGCCGACCCUCAGUUCUGCCGCCUCUACCGCGAGUUCAACGGCGCACCACCCGUGCUCGGUUUGGUCGUCAACACCGGGGAUGUGGAAUUGUGGAUAGUCCCCGCUGCCGCUUCAUCCCCACCACAUCCUUCCGCCUCCCAGGCCCCGACCGCUACCCUUGCAGCUGGAAGGCGGUCGACUCCCGCCACGGACGCAUCCUCUUAGAGGAUAUGGGUUCAGGAGGAUUCGUCGUCUGGGACCCCAUCACCAACGGCCAUUGGGGAAUGAAAUUCCCCAGUGUGAAUCGCCAACGCUGGACUGGCGCAGUGCUUUGUGCCAAGGAGGGCUGCGACCACCUGGGCUGCCAUGGACCGUCUUUCCUCGUCGCCUUCGUGAGUUGCAUAUAUCAGAAUAAUACCGUGACCACGUCCGCUUGUGUCUACUCAUCCGAGUUUGGUGUGUGGAGCCGCAUGAUCUCCGUGGAGCACCCGAAGCGCGUCAAUAACACCGUGCGUAGCAUCCUUGUGGGAAGUGCACUCUACUUUCCCUUUGACAGAAGUUUCAGCGUUCUGGAGUACAAGUUGGGCGAGCAGAAACUGUCUAUCAUCAAUGGUCCGUCCGUGGACCGAAGGCAACGCCAUGUGCUCAUAUCGGCCGAGGACGGUGUGCUCAUGUUUGCGGGCAUGCGAGGGUCUAAGCUCUACCUGUGGUCAACUGUGGUCGGUCCUGACGGAUCUUCGGCAUGGGCGCAGCACAGGGUCAUCGAGCUCGAAAAGCUGCUACCCCCUAUUGCUUUCACGCCCAAACCCCAUUCGGGUGUGCCCCAUGAGUCUGGACCCAAUGUGUCUGGCUUCGCAGAUGGUAUCAUCUUCUUGAGUACAAUGGCUGGAUUAUUUACUGUUGAGCUCAAUUCAGGCCGAACCAAGAAGGUUGCGGAAGAAAAAAUGGCUCUCCAAGUCACUCCCAUCAUAAGCUUCUACACUCAAGAACGCACUGGGGUCAGGCUGCCACUGCCAUGACAUGGAUCAUCCAUCCAUCAACAUGAACCUGCUGCUGUUUUCCAAUGAUGAAUUCUGGAGCUUCCUGAAUAUUGGCUAAGUUUCUUUGGAGAAAUGUUGGAGCCUUCUGGGCGUAUGACGUUAAGUAUUGAACUUUUGACUUGGUUUCAAAGGAACAACAGCUUUCUAGUCGGUUUGUUGCUUUCAGAGGAACGGCAGCUUUCUAUUCAAGUAUUCAGUUAGUCCAGUGUGACCAUAUAAAUAUAAGAUUUCUCAUUCCGUUAGAACGCGUGACUAAGUGUUUGCAUUGUGUUGUGACUGAGACGUGCUCAUUUGUGUUGUAAUGCUCUUGGUAGCGCAAAAGUAUGAAUGAAUAU